AUGGCGCCCUCUCGCUCAAGAGCUGCCGUGGUCGACACCGACGCGUCAAUGUCCGACGCCCCAGAAGUCAAUCAUGCCGAAGAGAUGGAGGUUGACGAGACUCCCGACUACACCGACUCAGACACCAAUCCGAAUACCACAGCUAGUAGCGUUGCUGGCGAGCCCGUUGGAGAUGGUCGCAAAAGACGUUCGGAAGCCAAUCAGCUACGUCGCAGCAUCUUCGGCAAAAAGCACGAUAGACUGGGCGAAUCCAAGGUACUUGCAAGCUCACAUAAUUCUUUCGUUCGAUGGAAGACCUUCGGUUGGCGGACGCUAAUUGAUGCUUUUGAACAGGAAGAGGACAGUAUUCGACGAUUCCGAUACCUGCUGGGCCUGACAGACCUUUUCCGCCACUUCAUCGAAACAAACCCCAAUCCUAAGAUCCGUGAAAUCAUGACCGAGAUUGAUCGACAGAAUGCGGAAGCUUCAAAAAGCAAGAAGGGCGGGGCGCGUCAAGGAGGCGCGAACAACGAGAGACGCCGUCGGACCGAAGCCGAGGAAGAUGCCGAGCUUCUUCGCGAUGAGAAGCACGGAGGCUCUGCCGAGACCGUUUUCCGCGAGUCACCCGCCUUCAUUCAGGGAACCAUGAGAGACUACCAGGUCGCUGGUCUCAACUGGCUGAUCUCUCUCCACGAGAACGGUAUCUCGGGCAUUCUUGCUGACGAAAUGGGUCUCGGCAAGACAUUGCAGACGAUUUCCUUCUUGGGCUACCUGCGGCACAUCAUGGACAUCACUGGACCUCACAUCGUUAUUGUUCCCAAGUCGACAUUGGACAACUGGAAGAGAGAAUUUGAGAAGUGGACGCCCGAAGUCAACGUCCUUGUGCUUCAGGGUGCCAAGGAGGAGCGCCACAACCUCAUCAAUGAUCGAUUGGUCUCAGAGGACUUUGAUGUCUGCAUCACGAGUUAUGAAAUGGUUCUGCGAGAGAAGGCACACCUCAGGAAGUUUGCUUGGGAAUACAUCAUCAUCGACGAGGCGCACCGUAUCAAGAACGAGGAAUCGUCGUUGGCACAGGUUAUCCGUCUGUUCAACUCCCGAAACAGACUUCUCAUCACCGGCACACCUCUCCAGAAUAACCUGCAUGAGCUGUGGGCUCUGCUCAACUUCUUGCUUCCCGACGUCUUUGGUGACUCUGAAGCUUUCGAUCAAUGGUUCUCUGGCCAGGAUCGUGACCAGGACACGGUCGUUCAGCAGCUUCACCGCGUGCUGAGACCGUUCUUGCUUCGAAGAGUCAAGAGUGACGUGGAGAAGAGUCUUCUGCCCAAGAAGGAGGUCAACGUUUACCUGGGUAUGUCUGAGAUGCAGAUCAAGUGGUAUCAAAAGAUCCUGGAGAAGGACAUUGACGCCGUCAACGGUGCCAACGGAAAGCGCGAGUCCAAGACAAGACUUCUGAACAUUGUGAUGCAGCUGCGAAAGUGCUGCAACCACCCUUACCUGUUCGAAGGAGCUGAGCCCGGUCCGCCCUACACCACUGAUGAGCAUCUCGUUUACAAUGCCGGCAAGAUGGUUGUUCUUGACAAGCUUUUGAACAGGAUGCAGAAGCAAGGCAGCAGAGUUCUCAUCUUUUCUCAGAUGAGUCGUCUCUUGGACAUCCUUGAGGAUUACUGCGUCUUCAGGCAGUACAAGUACUGCCGUAUUGAUGGUGGAACGGCACACGAGGACCGUAUUGCUGCCAUCGACGAGUAUAACAAGCCGGGUUCUGAGAAGUUCAUCUUCCUGCUCACCACAAGAGCCGGAGGUCUGGGCAUCAAUCUUACCACUGCUGAUAUCGUUGUCCUCUACGACAGCGAUUGGAACCCUCAAGCUGACCUGCAGGCUAUGGAUCGUGCUCAUCGUAUCGGCCAAACCAAGCAAGUUGUUGUGUAUCGAUUCGUUACGGAUAACGCGAUCGAAGAGAAGGUCUUGGAGAGAGCAGCCCAAAAGCUCCGUCUGGACCAGCUUGUUAUCCAGCAAGGUCGGGCUCAGACGGCUGCGAAGGCGGCUGCAAACAAGGACGAAUUGUUGUCCAUGAUCCAACACGGUGCCGAGAAGGUGUUCCAGAGCAAGGGCGCCACCGGUUCACUAGCCUCCAAGGGUGCCGAUGUCGAAGAGGACGAUAUUGAUGAGAUUCUCGCCUCGGGUGAGACGAGAACCAAGGAGCUGAAUGCCAAGUACGAGAAGCUCGGCAUUGACGACCUGCAGAAUUUCACUUCCGAAUCUGCUUACACUUGGAAUGGCGAGGACUUCAAGACCAACAAGAAGGACAUCGGUAUGAACUGGAUCAACCCGGCCAAGCGUGAGAGAAAGGAGCAGUCCUACUCCAUGGACAAGUAUUUCCGGCAGACAAUGUACCCUCCCAAGGAGAAGGACAACAAGCCCAAGGCGCCCAGAGCGCCGAAGCAAGUUCCCGUACACGACUACCAGUUCUACCCAGUUCGUCUCCGAGAGCUCCAGGACCGUGAGACGGCGUAUUAUCGCAAAGAGAUUGGCUACAAGGUCCCUCUCCCCGAUGGCGAGGAUGACAAGCUGGAGGAAAGAGAGCAAGAGCGUGCUUUGGAUCAACAGGAAAUCGAUGAUGCCACGCCGCUCAACGAAGAGGAGCUGGAGGAGAAGCAACGACUGUCGCAACAAGGCUUCGGCGAGUGGAACCGUCGUGACUUCCAGCAGUUCAUUAAUGCCUCUGGUCGCUACGGUCGCAACGAUUACGAGAGCAUUGCUGAGGACAUUAACGACAAGACGGCCGCCGAGGUCAAGCAGUAUGCCAAGGUCUUCUGGCAGCGUUACACGGAAAUCGCCGACUACAAUAAGUACAUCAAGGUUAUCGAAGACGGCGAAGAGCGCAUGCGCAAGAUCGAGCACCAACGGAAGCUGCUUCGCAAGAAGAUGUCCCAGUACCGCGUCCCCUUGCAGCAACUGAAGAUCAAUUACUCUGUCUCAACUACCAACAAGAAGGUAUACACGGAGGAGGAGGACAGAUUCCUGUUGGUGCUUCUCGAUAAGUUCGGCAUCGACUCCCCUGGCCUGUACGAGAAGAUGCGUGACGAGAUCUCUGUGAGCCCUCUGUUCCGGUUCGACUGGUUCUUCCUCAGCAGGACGCCCGUGGAGCUCAGCCGUCGUUGCACAACGCUUUUGACUACAAUCGUCAAGGAGUUCGAGGAUGUCCAUCCUACUAAGGGCGCGAACGGCGUCAACGGCAAGGUUAAGAGAGAGGCCGCCGAUGACGAGGAGAACGAUGAGGACAGCAUUCUCGGCAUGGCUCCCGCUAAGAAGAAGGCCAAGAACGGCGUCAAUAAUAAGGCUUUGGACAAUGUCAAGUCAGAAGCGGGCAGCAAGAACACGUCUGCAGCACCCUCAAGAGCGUCGAGCGUCGCCUCCACGAAAUCCACAACCAAUGCGAAGAGCAAAACCAAGGGCAAGAAGAAAUAG